CGGGGGCGGGACGGGCCCGGCGGGGACGGGGCUGGUCGGCGCGGCCAUGGCGGUGUUCGUGACACGGCGGAUCCCGGCCGAGGGGCUGCGGGUCCUGUCUCAGGCCGGCGGGUGCCUCGUCCAGCAGUGGGACUCAGAGGAGCCGGUGCCGCGGGCCGAGCUGCUGGCCGGCGUGGCGGGGAAGCGCGGGCUGCUCUGCCUCCUCUCCGACCGCAUCGACCGCGAGGUGCUGGAGGCCGCGGGACCCGACCUGAAAGUCAUCAGCACCAUGUCCGUGGGGUUCGACCACCUGGCGCUGGACGAGAUUAAGAAGCGAGGGAUCCGCGUGGGGUACACCCCCGACGUCCUGACCGAUGCCACGGCAGAGCUGUCGGUGGCUCUGCUGCUGGCCGCCUGCCGCCGCCUGCCCGAGGCCGUGGAGCAGGUGAAGAAUGGUGGCUGGACAACAUGGAAGCCCUUGUGGAUGUGUGGCUAUGGUCUGUCUGAUAGUACCGUGGGCAUCAUAGGUCUGGGGAGAAUAGGACAGGCCGUUGCCCGCCGCCUGAAGCCGUUUGGUGUCAAGAAGUUUUUGUACAGUGGCAGCCGCCCGAGGCCGGAGAGUGCCGCCGAGUUUGACGCCGAGUUCGUCCCGCUUGCCAGGCUCGCUGAAGAGUCGGACUUUGUGAUGGUGACCUGUGCUUUGACCCCGGCUACCCAGGGAAUGUGCAACAAGGACUUCUUCAGCAGGAUGAAGAAGACCUCUGUGUUUGUCAACACGAGCAGGGGGGCCGUGGUGAACCAGGAGGACAUGUACGACGCGCUGGCCCAUGGCCAGAUCGCUGCUGCAGGCCUGGAUGUCACCACACCAGAGCCACUGCCCACUGACCACCCCCUGCUCUCCCUCAAGAACUGUGUGAUCCUGCCGCACAUCGGGAGCGCCACGUACGCCACAAGGAGCACGAUGGCUGUGCUGGCAGCCACCAACCUGCUGUCCGGGCUGCGCGGGGAGCCGAUGCCCCACGAGCUGCUGCUGUGACCGCCCCGUCCUGCCUCCCCGGGAGCCGGGCAGGCCCGUCCUGUGCUGCGCAGCCCGGGAGCUGCUCCGCGGCCAUUAAAGAGAAGCAGAGAA